CCCUGCUCCCUCCCCUAAAAGACUCCAAGAGGUGUUGCGUUCAAGACUCCACAUUGAAAUGGUUUUAACCAAGCGAGGACUUUUGCUUCAUUCUUCUAUUGAAACACAAACAUGAAUAUCGAUCAGAGGCGGAGAUCAGUUUACUCCCAGAAUGAUGAUCAGUCCCCAAUUGAACCUGACUUACUGAGGUGCAGCAACCUGAACAUGCCCCUGCUGGCAUCAGAGUUCUUCAAAAGCGAAUUACAGCUGCACCUGGAUGGCAUAACUACCGAGACGUGGGACUUAAUCGAGUACGGCCACUUUGACUGCAAUGCGUUCAUGGUGCUGCUGAAAAUGUGGCAAAGUAUCCUGUACAAAAUCUCCCAAGAAGUGCUGGUCGUUGUGGUUCCUCAGGUGGAAGAACACGCACACGUCACCGAGAAAGGUUGUGACACUCUGCAACGGGCGCUCAACUUCUCGUGUGUGACGGAGGAUGACAUCCACGCGUGCAUUUGGGACUCGCUUCUUCUGGCCCUCAAAGACACAAUAAACGCCGGAAACGUAAAGACGCCGUGCGGCGACCAACUGCUGGAGAUGGUCGCAGCCAAAGUGUCGAAGACGGUGAACAAGGCGCUGUCCGACAUCUCCUUGAAGCCCAACUCUUUCACGUACCCGGACGUGCCUCACCAAGUGUCGGAGAUCGGAGAUAUAGCGCUGCAGACAAUCUCAGUGUUGAGGAACUGCUUGGAGAACAUGAGGACGGCCGGCGGCGCCGCAGGGGAGGACGUGCGCGCCGACAGCGACUCGUCGGAGGAGAAAAUCAACGGCUUGGUGGCGCCUCUGCCCACGCCGGUGCUCAACACCCGGGCGGAAAAGAAACUCCGCGCCCGCACUCCCGCCGACGGCUGCGCCAAAACGGAAAAGGGUUAUUGUCGCCACACGUCCGUGGGAACAUGGACGAAGAAAGAAAACACCUUUUUCACCGUGUUGUUGUGGAAGCUGACGGACCAUAUCGCCCACUCCAACUCCAAGUCGGUGCUGGAGAUGGACAUCGACUGGAUGCUGGCGCAUCUCAUGAGCGCGGUGGUAGAGACGCGCCCCAACCUCCUGAUGAAUGUCGGCGACUUCCACGUCCACAUCUACAAGGACCUCUGUGAGGAAUUUGGAUCUAAGGAGCGCCUGUAUUUCUCCAUGGCCCGCUGUCAGGCCGCCUUUGUGGAAGCUCUCGCUCGGGCACUCAGGCAUCAUCUCCAGGCGCCCAAAAAGACAGACUUUUUCACCAAGGUCAGGGCCUUUUUCAAGAAGAAGACUGCAAAAGUGUCUCUGGCCUAUGAGCAAAGACAGAUGUGGCUGCAGGCCUCCACGGGCACCAAGAAGCUCUGACUCUGAAGAAGCCGUUCUGACUUCCUAUGAGGAAACCAUAACGACAGAUGUUUUUCAGUGCAGCCUGACGAGACGUCGCUUUAUUGGUUCGGCAGCUGAGAUUCCUCACAAUCAGUGUUGCCCGAGUGCAGGUUGGUAAAUGAUGCAACCUGCUACCUCUGGCCAUGGAGCGCUCAAAGGCUCCCUGCCCAAGUAUGGGUGUGUGGAUGCUCCCUGACCCAGUACGGGUGUGUGGAUAUUCCCUACCCCAGUACGGGUGUGCGGAUGCCACCUGCCCCAGUACGGGUGUGCGGAUGCAGGGCAUUGCCGCGGGUUCACAGCCAAGCACAAGAGUUGCGCUGUCACAGCUCAGUCCAGUCCAUUUGUUUACUACCUUGUUGGAGCGUGGUACUCUCACUUUAUAUACAGAAACACACAAACACACACACACGGCGGCCAAGCCUUUUCACAAACGCCGCGGCUAAAUCCGUCUCAUUCCACCUCGUCGUCCAGUACCCGUGAGCGUCCUUGUAACCGCGUGACGACGGCACUGUGAGUCGGUGCGUUGGUGAAAACGGUCCCCACAAACCAGGGCGUUCCUCUCAGAAUGUGGCGGAUGACCGUGCAGGGGCCCGACGUCUCGAUGCAGAAUCCGGAAUGCAGGGGUUCCUCUUCCUCCUUCCCCGUGUGUGCUGUGCUCGGACUAACCGGAGAUGCAAAGAACUGUUGGGAAACGAGAAAGAUAGCAAAUUACGAUGGAGGCUGAAAUAAACUUGACUGAUGAACACAAUAUGUUUGUUUCUCUCAUAACUAGGGAUGGCCACCGAAUUCUGUACUUUUACAGGCACCGACCGAAUU